AUGCCUUGUACACUUCGCCCGGGCUUCCGUUCUUUGCCCAAAUCACGAAACUCUCUGUUUAGCCAGUCUCUGGCCAUCCGUCGACCAUUUUCACGCAGUCAACACACAGCAACCAAUAUCCACAAUGCUCCGGUCAAAGCGAAACGCAGCUCUUUUCGAAGCAUUGCAGCAUCUCUCUUCUUCUUUGGCACCGGCUGGGCUCUGAACGAUUAUUACAAGUUUAUCUCCUUCGCAUCGCCUCAAGUCCUCAACGACUUGACUUUCACGCCCUUCGCUCUCAAGAACAAAGAGACCGUUUCCUCCACGAGCGCCAUCUUCACCCUAUCGCAAUCGCAUAUUUCCCCGGGCACGUUUGACAACUGGUCGAAGAAGGGAGUCUGGAGCAUUGAGAUCAAGCAACCUCAACUCCAGAUUGCAAGAGCAUAUACUCCUCUGCCGCCGCUUGACGGCUCAGACCCUGAUGCUUUGCGUCUGUUGGUGCGCCGUGAGCAGAGAGGCGAGGUUUCGGGCUACAUACACAGACGCCCUCUUGGUGCUGAUAUUGAAGUCAGAGGACCUGCUGUUGAAUACGAGUUGCCAGAAAAUGUCGACCAAGUAGUCUUCUUGGCUGGAGGUACUGGUGUUGCACCUGCUAUCCAAAUAGCACACGCUUUGGGGGAUAAGGCUCGCAUUGCUGUGCUGUGGGCAAGCAGAUCAAGGGAAGAUUGUCUCGGAGGACAGAGCGACGACCCAGUCACGCCUGGUUGGUACGCGAACUUUGCCAGACUCUUCGCCAGCUCUCAACAUCACAAUGUAGCGCUCAGCGACGAGAAGAGCCUGAUUGUAAAGCAAUUGGAUGCGCUCAAACAGACCAACAAGGCAUUUUCUGUCGACUAUUUUGUCGAUGAAGAAAGCACUNUUAUCAACCCUCAACAUGUGCGCAAAGCUAUUGCGCCAGCCUCGAAUCAAGCUACAACUCCUGGUCAAGGCAAANAGAUUAUUCUUGUGUCAGGCCCAGAAGGCUUCAUCAAUUACUGGGCUGGUCCCAAGCAAUGGUUGAAUGGUCGGGAAGUACAAGGCCCACUGAGCGGUGUACUCGCACACAUGGACCUCGAAGGCUGGCAAGUCGUCAAGCUAUGA